AUGGCGCCCCCUAUCACCGUUGUGCCGUCGCUUGAGACAGCAAAGGAUGUGAUCAGCCACUCGAAAGAUGCUAAAUAUCCUCCUAACCUACUCCCACUUACUGCAUCUAUCCCCGCCGACCUUUUGACGCCCACAGUGGCAUAUUUGAAGGUUGCCGAGAAAUCCAAACUGUCAUUUCUCUACGAAAGUGCUGCUACCACAGAGACAAUUGGGAGGUAUAGUUUUGUGGGAGCUGAUCCCCGCAAAGUUCUCAAGACCGGCCCCGGCCACGGCCCCGAGUGCGACCCCCUUCCGAUCCUGGAGAAGGAGAUCGCUGAAUAUCGCGUUGCGACGGUGCCCGGCUUGACGCUACCACCACUCACGGGUGGUGCUAUUGGUUACGUCGGAUACGAUUGUGUGAAGUACUUUGAGCCCAAGACGGCCCGACCUCUCAAGGAUGUGCUCGGAAUCCCAGAGUCGCUGUUCAUGCUGUUUGAUACCAUUGUCGCCUUUGAUCACUUUUACCAGGUCAUCAAGAUCAUCACCUUCAUUCCUAUCACACAUGUCGACUCGGAUUUCGAAACCGAGUACCGGAAAGGCGAAGAUGUGAUCAAGCGCUAUAUCGAACGACUACUCCGACCUGAGACCCCGCUACCUCCCCAAGGUCCAAUCAUUCCCAACCAGGAGUACACAUCCAACAUCGGACGCGAGGGGUACGAGCGGCACGUGGUGAAACUCAAGGAGCACAUCUCCAAAGGCGAUAUCUUCCAGACCGUGCCAUCGCAACGGCUGUCGCGUCCAACCUCCCUUCACCCAUUCAACCUCUUCCGUCAUUUGCGCACAGUCAACCCAUCGCCAUACCUAUUUUAUAUUGAUUGCGAAGACUUCCAGCUCGUUGGCGCUAGUCCAGAACUUUUGGCGAAGGAGGAAAAGGGUCGUAUCAUUACGCAUCCCAUCGCCGGCACCGUCAAGCGUGGCAAGUCACCCGAGGAGGAUGAGGCGCUCGCAGAUGAGCUACGAGGAAGCCUGAAGGAUCGCGCGGAGCACGUCAUGUUGGUGGAUCUGGCACGGAACGAUGUUAAUCGCGUGUGUGACCCGACGACCACCCAGGUGGACCGGUUGAUGGUGGUCGAGAAGUUCUCGCAUGUGCAACACCUGGUGUCGCAGGUAUCGGGUAUUCUGCGGCCGGAUAAGACCAGGUUCGACGCGUUCCGGUCCAUCUUCCCCGCCGGCACGGUCUCCGGGGCUCCCAAAGUGCGGGCUAUGCAACUGAUUGCCGAGUUAGAGGGCGAGAAGCGCGGAGUGUAUGCUGGCGCGGUGGGCUACUUCGGGUACAACAUCGCCAGCACGGACGGAGCAACAGAAAUGCCGGGUGCUAUGGAUACCUGCAUUGCCCUCCGGACGAUGAUGGUCAAGGACGGGGUGGCCUACCUCCAAGCGGGUGGUGGAAUUGUUUUCGACUCAGACCCGUACGACGAGUAUAUGGAGACGAUCAACAAACUGGGGGCCAACAUUGCCUGCAUCAAGGGAGCGGAAGCGAAGUAUUUGAGCAUGGAGGGUGAACAAUCCUAG